AUGUCGGAGCAGCAGAGUGCCCCGGAGCAGCUGGCUGCUGGGAAGAGCCAGGGUGGGGCUGGAGCCUCAUAUAAGGUGGUGCUGUUUGAGUUUGAGAACUUCCAGGGCUGCAAGGCGGAGUUUUCUGGAGACUGUAAAGAUGUGACAGAGAAGGGACUGGAGAAGGUUGGAUCUGUGAUAGUUGAGUCCGGACCCUGGGUGGGUUAUGAUCGCCACGGGUUCACAGGGGAGCAGUUUAUUCUGGAGAAGGGCGAGUAUCCACGCUGGGACACCUGGACCAACAGUCAGAACAGCUACUCCCUCUUGUCUCUAAGGCCACUCAAAGUGGACAGUGCUGAUCACAAGCUACACCUCUAUGAGAACCCUGGAUUUACUGGUAGAAAGAUGGAGAUUGUUGAUGAUGAUGUGCCCAGUUUGUGGGGUCAUGGUUUUCAGGAUCGUGUAGCGAGUGUCAAGGCUCUUAACGGAACAUGGGUCGGCUACAUGUACCCAGGAUACAGGGGGCGCCAGUUUAUCUUCGAGCGAGGAGAUUUCAAGCACUGGAACGACUGGGAGGCCCCUGCGCCUCAGAUCCAGUCUGUCCGACGUGUGCGGGACAUGCAGUGGCACAAGAGGGGCUGUUUCAUUGUUCCUGACCCAGCUCCGGCCCCCGGGCCUGGGCCUGACCCUGACCCCGCCCCAGCACCUCCUGCCCCUCCCGCCACAGCUGGAGCCAGCUGAGCAGGAUCCCGCAGGCUGCCGACAGUAGCCACCCAAUGCCUAACCCCAACCACGGCAAACGCUGCUUGUGCCCAGUGAGGAGUGCCAUGUAUGUUUCAGUGGCGAAUAAAAGUUAUUUGACCUGGAGUUGGCCCUGUUUGUUGGUGAUGUUAUACUUGUAUGUCAAGAUGGAAAUGGCUUUAACUGAGAUACUAGAGAUUUAGAGAAAGAAAAACACUAUCAGAGAUGUAGAACUGACAUCAAUGUGGAUAUAUUGAAGCCUGCAAUGGGCAAAUCUCUUUCCUCAAGACAAACUGCAGAUGUGUUUUGAACUGAAUUUAUUUCCAAGUCAUGUGUGCCACUUUUAUUGCUUGUGUUUCCCCAUAUUAGUCAGACAGCUCAAAACCUCAUCUAGCAUUAGGAGCACAUGAUUUGUUCGUUGAAUAUGUGGAUUGGCAUCUGCUUAACAUCAGUGGAAGUGAUGUCAUACUGUAUGUAAGCUUGCUAU